CGUUACAGAUAAUGUUUUCCUCAGCUUCAAGCUCCUCUGCUGCUGAAUUGUGUCAACAACAACAAACUAUUCUCAACUUCCAAACUCAGCAUGCAUGGCACUUUUAACAUUUCUCAUGCUUUCACCUCCAAGUUGCUUCAAACCUUGAAAAAAAAAUCCAGGUGCAUGGAGAAUGCAAAUCUCAAAUGUGCUGUACCUAAAGGCUUAGAAAAUAAUAGUCUCAGAGCAAUAACAGAGAGAAGAUUUUCCAGAAGGCUAGUUCUGCAUUUUCUGGGUAUUAACCAUGUGAUUUAUAAAGCUUCUCUUGCUUUUGCUGCGCCAAUUAUGCCAGAAAUGAAGGAACCUGAAGUUAUAAGGACUUUGAAGCUGCCUAGUGGAGUCAUAAUUCAAGAUAUAGUUGAAGGAGGAGGACCAGAGGCACAUGAUGGAGACUUGGUUGAAUUCAAUUAUGUAUGCAGGCGUUCGAAUGGGUACUUCGUCUACAGUACGGUGGACCAAUUUAGUGGAGAAAGUAAACCUGUCACACUUCCUUUGGAUGAGAACCAGAUGAUUGUGGGUUUAAAGGAGGUUCUUAUUGGCAUGAGAUCUAAUGGGAAGAGAAGGGCAUUAAUACCACCUUCCAUGGGAUAUGUGAAUGAGAACUUGAAACCAAUACCAGAAGAGUUUGGCCCUCGACGCAGCCUUUUCUCUCAUGCACAAGAGCCCUUGGUAUUUGAAGUUCAGCUCUUGAAAAUUUUGAGUCCACCAUCAUCAACAUCUGCAUUCAACUAAAUGAUUUCUUUUUCCUUCUCUUGUUUCAAACUGCUUUCAUUGCUUUUACGAUAAGCAAUGGAGUCUUGAUUCUUUAAAAUGAAAACCUUGGUGGGAGAAGAUUGAAAGUUUUAUAAGGACAUGGAAAGGAAGUUUUGUAGGGCAGUGUAUGGAUUGGAUUAUACAAAAUCCAAACAAGAUAUCCAUAUUAAAAAUAAUUUUGUGGUUCAAGAACCAAUUUAGAACUGGCUUGUAUAAAGUAAACCAGUUUUUAAUUAUA